AUGCGCUCCCUGAACACUCCAAGCACAGCGCGAUCUUUCCGGGCAGCACGGCAGCAGAGGAGCGUGGCUGCCGCCGCGGCCGGCAAGCACAUAGUCAUCACCGGCGCUAACACUGGCAUCGGAUUCGAGGCGGCCCUGGACCUGGCCAAAAAGGACUAUGACGUGACCCUCGCAUGCCGUAAUGACGACAAGGCGGCCGCCGCGGCGCAGCGCAUCAAGGCCGCCGUGCCCGGCGCCAAGGUGUCCACGCUGCGGCUGGACCUGUCUGACCUGGACAGCGUCAGGUGA